CUUGGCCACACAAAUUAUCGCACAGUGUAUGAUCUUGCAUGUUCCAGCAAUGCAACUGGUAUGCCCAUCAAUCUCUCUACUGAGCCUCCAAUUUGUGACACUUGCAUCCUUGGAAAACAGACCAGGUCCAGUGUCCCAAAGGUUUGGGUGGGGGAUUGGUGUGAGAAGUUGGGCAUCAUGCAUGUAGGCCUCAUGGAACAUCCAGACACUGUGUCUGCAGCAGGAAAUAGAUAUGUAAUGGACUUGAUUGACAAUUUUUUGUCCUAUGCAUGGUCAGUUCCCUUAGCAGCUAAAUCUGACACCUUCCCAGCCCUUCAAGCAUGG